AUGGACGUGAGCUCAGCCAUGAAGAAGUUGUCCUUAAGAGGUCCAGCAGUGUGUCUGGUUUCUAAGGAGAGCUGCUCUGGAUUUCAGCCACAUUCUUGGAGGAAAGCCUGCAUGGCGUGUGGCUGCAGCACGGUCGAUCACGCUCCAGGAAAUGAUGUGGAAGACGACCAGCGAAUGGGACGCCUGCUCGCAGACUCACCCUGCUCCCAUUUGACGGCGAAGGUUAAAGGUGGCGGCGGCCUUCGCAUGUACAAGAGGAACCGUAUUGUUGUGACCAAUCCGGUGGUUUCACGCAAAGACCCAACCUUCAACACCACGACAUACGACUGGGCACCGGCCGGCCUCAACCAGAAACUGGCCAUGCAGUACAUGGAGCUCAUCCCACAUAAUCAAUAUCCGGUUUCGGGGACGGAUGGAGCGUUGGAGCGACGCAGGCAGCUCCUCAGCCAGCUCCCCAUCUACGAUCAGGACCCCAUGAAAUGUCAGAGUCUGGCCAGUGAGGAGGAGAUUUCCUCCAUGCUGCUGUUUGUGAAGCAGUACAAGCAGGAGGUGCUGGGAGUCGGGGAGGUGGCUUUACCUGGUGAGGAAGGAGCUCUGAAGGAAGCUGCCAUUCAGAGGACAGCGAAGGAAGCCAAAGACCGCAGCAACAGUGACAAGAAGGAUGCUCUGGAGCACCACGACCACAGCUCAGCCAAUAACAACGCUGCCUCCACCGCCGGUUCCACUAAUGGAACAGAUGACAGCACAAAGACUGAAUAUCGAUGUACUGGUUGCCAAGGUGAGGUUGCCAAGGAGAGCCCAGCUGUUUACGCUGAGCGUGCAGGUUACCCUAGCGCGCUGUGGCAUCCCACCUGCUUCGUAUGUUCCGAGUGUGGCCAGGGAUUGGUGGACUUGGUGUACUUCUGGUCCAAUCAGAAGCUGUUCUGCGGGCGACACUACUGUCAGACGGUCUGGCCUCGAUGCUCGGGCUGUGACGAGUUGAUCUUCUGCCAGUCGUUUCACACGGCAAAAGACGGACGGACAUAUCAUCAUAAUCAUUACUGCUGCUGGAAGUGUGGACAAAACCUGGAUACACCCUGUCAGCACUGA